GCUCAGCUCUCUCUCUCUCUCUAUUGUACUUCCGUCUUCCUCUGCUGCAUCCCAUCUCUCUCUCUCUUCUUUUUCUUUCUCCUGCUCUCUCUCUCUCUCUCUAUUUAAAUCUCUCUCUUUUUUCCUAUUCUGGGUUUCUUUCAAAUCCAUCCCCCCUUUCUAAAAAAAUCUUCUUCUUCUUCUUCCUCUUUCUCCACUGGUAAUUAUUGGUAAUGAGGUCGUCCCUUCAUUGAUUUUACACACCGAAGAUUACAAUUCUGCUUCCUGCAGUGUUUCAAGUUUUUAUUUUAUUUUGCUGUGGGCGGCGGCUAUGGCUGGUGGAAACGAAGUCAACCUCAACGAAUGCAAGAGAAUUGUCCCACUCAACACAUGGGUCCUCAUUUCCAAUUUCAAGCUUGCUUACAAAGUCCUCCGCCGUCCUGACGGUUCCUUCAACCGUGAUCUCGCCGAGUUUCUCGACCGUAAAGUUCCCGCCAACGCUUUCCCCGUCGACGGCGUCUUCUCCUUUGACCACGUCGACUCUUCCACCAACCUUCUCACCCGUAUCUACCAACCUGCUUCCCUCUCUCCCCGCCACCACCACGGUACCCUCGACCUUACCGAACCUCUCAGCACUACCGAGAUCGUCCCUGUUCUCAUUUUCUUCCACGGUGGCAGCUUCACUCAUUCCUCCGCCAACAGCGCCAUCUACGACACUUUCUGCCGACGCCUUGUCACCAUCUGCGGUGUUGUUGUUGUCUCCGUUGAUUACCGAAGAUCCCCCGAGCACCGUUACCCUUGCGCUUACGACGAUGGUUGGAAUGCUCUCAAGUGGGUCAAGUCCAGAGUCUGGCUUCAGAGUGGUCUACACUCCAAUGUUUAUGUUUAUUUGGCUGGAGAUAGCUCUGGUGGCAACAUCGCUCACAAUGUUGCUGUCAGGGCUACCAAAGAAGGUGUCCAAGUCUUGGGUAACAUUCUUCUUCAUCCUAUGUUUGGUGGGCAAGAGAGGACUCCUUCUGAGAGGACCCUUGAUGGCAAAUACUUUGUUACUAUACAAGAUCGUGACUGGUAUUGGAGGGCUUAUCUACCCGAAGGUGAAGACAGAGAUCAUCCAGCAUGUAAUCCCUUUGGCCCCAGGGGUCAAAGCCUUAAAGGAGUCAACUUUCCCAAGAGUCUUGUCGUUGUUGCUGGUUUAGAUCUUGUUCAGGAUUGGCAAUUGGCUUAUGUGGAUGGCCUUAAGAAGACUGGUCUUGAUGUCAAUCUCUUGUAUUUGAAGCAAGCUACCAUUGGGUUUUACUUCUUGCCUAACAAUGAUCACUUUCACUGCCUUAUGGAAGAGUUGAAUAAGUUUGUGCACUCCAUUGACGAUUCUCAUACCAGCUCAACUCCUUUGCUUCUUACUCCCUAGCAAACAACUCAUUACUUGUUGCUGAUAUAUACAUUAAGAGAAGAAGAAGAAGCACUAGAGGAUCGGUUUGUUUUGCCUGUCUAUGAUGGGUUUUUGUACAGUUUUCUCAAGUAUUGUUUAGUGUUCAGUAGGGCUUUUUGUUUUUGUUUUUGUGUUCCUUGGUCUCCUGAAGCAUAAUAAGUUGGCUUGUUGUGAGAUCUUGGCUGCGCCUCAAGGAAGACCACUUCGGUUAUCGCCAUCUAUCGGUUUAGGGCUAAACCGGGACAUGGUACUUUGUUUGCGUACCAGUAUGGGUAGACUUUAAUUGGUUUCUAGGGUACAGAGGGUAAAUUACAAGACAACUAACUUGUCUUCAACAUGUUGUGAAAAAACUUAUCCUUGGUGUGGAUUUGUGUAUGUUUAUAUUUACCUUUUGUGUUCGCAUGCUAUUAAUAGAACGAGCAUGUCUUUUGUUGUUGUAA